AUGUCUUUUGGUAGGCAUGCCUACAGGCAUGCUUUAAAACCGCCCUCGGCUCCGACUCUCGAUCAUCCCUGGGUCAGUGACGAUUUGCUUGCAGCAACCUUCCGCCGCUUCGCCAACGGUCAAAGACGACAUGGCAGUUGCGUCCCCGGACCCCUGGAGGCUAGAAGAAGACUAGCCCGGCGUCGCAAUACAGCACUUGCCGGCUUUGGAGCAUCCCCAGUGGAAGAUAUCGCGUGUCUAUUUGGGCGCAAUGGGAGGGAACAUAUGAAGUGGACGGACUACCCAUGGCAGAGAUCGCAUAUCAAUACUCAAGACCUGAGUAGCUGUGCUUUAGCAACUGCCGAGACCGCGCUUCCGUUUUACGACCAUAAUCCUGAUCCAAUUAACCCGCGGAUCUUGGAAGAACAAGUUUCGACUCCCAACUAUGAAAACGAACCAACAAAAACGCAAAUGCUGCAAGAAUUCCUAGAAGGGGACAACUGGGGGAUUGAAGAUGUUCGGGAUUUCGCCCGCCGGUUGAGAAUCGACCUACACCGAGAACCGGAAUACAGCCGGCAGAUCUUCGACGCAUUGCUUAUGCGCUCAACGACGGAUUUGACGCAAGUUAUCCAGUUUCUGGAUGACCCGUUUUUGAAUGUCUGGGGAGCUGGUAAUUACAUCGCUGCGGUGGAGAUGUUCGUGCGGACUAAAACCAAACGUUCCAACCGAACUGCCGUGCUGAAUGCCAUUUCUCGCGCCCUUGAGCUGGGACUCGUCGCAUCAGAGGAGAUUUGUCUGAUCAUCAAAUCUUUAACACAUAUUAUUGUUGAGCGAAACAAGACUUUAGCAGCAUGGGAUCAGAAGGCAUUGAUGAAGCACUACCGUGCUAUGUGGCAAGCCAUCGGACGUUGCAACAUCCUCGGAUAUGAUGAAUUGGAACAAGAAAUUGUCGAUACUUGGCUAAAGGAGCUCUUGAGAAUCGGUGACUUUCGUUUCGCGGGCGAAAUUAUUGUCGCAACUCACAACGCCGGUCAUAAUGUCUACUGGCCUUCAACCUUUAUUUUGACUUGGCUGGACAAAUUCGGUGACGAUAUUUCGACGACAACCAUUCAAUUCCCCAUGUCUUUGUUGAACCGAAUGAAUCCAGACUGUGCAGCCAAUUGUCUGGUUUAUAUCACUGAACAACUUGCCUCCAAUCAACAAAAGGAGACUCGUGAUGAACGGCUUGAGCAAUGGCGAAAUUGCUUGCUGAACAUAAAUGAUGCUUCAGCUAUUGCCCGUUCCCAAAUAUGGUCAAAUCUUCCACUGGCCAACACUCAAUACCCUGAAGAAUUAUUGAGUGCCUUCCCUACAAGUUCCAACUUAUCCAUCCAACAUCAAAUUGUGCUUCGCCUAUGGGUCUUACGCACCAUGAGUCGAUCCCUGGGGCCCAUGUAUCUUUCGCAUGCCAAACCCACGGACCAAUCCAUCUAUAUGUUGCUUAACCUGUACGAAAUCACUGUUUCACAAACGAAAGGAUCCUUCCUUGCAGAUCUACUGCACGGCAUACACGGCCUAGAUCUCCCAUACAAUGGCCUUCUUCUCCUCGCAGUCGAUCUCAAGCUAAGAAAGCUGGUCACAAAAACCACCCGCCAUACCCUUGAACGACUCGAGACCUCUCAAACUUCUCUGGCCGAUCUUUGGGCAAAUCCAGCUACCUACAACGGAGUGCGAACUCUUUUCUACGGUUCAUUCGAACAAAUGUUCAAUCGACUAGACCUUCUCAGUCCCGAGACUAAAGAUGAGUGUCUACGCCUUGCUAGAGUAGGCGACUCAAAAAGCAUCUGGUCAAUCACCAGACUUCUGCGCAACCAUACCCCAUUCAAAGUUUGUCUUCACAAGGCCUGGGUGCCCAUUCCGCACCCGGAUGAGAAAGUCCUCGUACGCUAUCACCCCGGACCACGGGAUAGCAGAUGUCCUGAUCCCCAUGCCGCGGUCGAAUUCAUUCAUCAACUGGCUAUUGCAUUCUCAUGCUGUCAGCAGUUGACUCCCUCUCGCUCCUUUCACCUUAUCCACUGGCUUUACGACUACCUCCGUAAACAUGGUGGGCCUGUUUACCCAUCUCUGGUGCGGGCUAUGUACCACGCUGGUGUUGUUCGGUAUAGGCGUGAAGGACGUCGCAUUGCGCCCACUCAGUAUGAGUACAUUAUGUGGAUUAUUGAGAAGUUUGAAGGGCAGGAUGUUGUUGACGAGCUUCAUGAGGGGCCGCAAAUUGGCCGCUCGACUCGUGGUUCGUAUCAUGAGUAG